AAGAGUAAACUCGGUUCGGUUCGGCAUGUGUGACGUCACGCGGGCCACGCUGGUUCGGAAGCUCCGGUUCUCCACACUGCGGGCUUUAUCUGACCUGCUGGACCCGCAGGAGACCUGGAGGAACGUCAUGAUGGACAUCAGCGGAACCACAGGAGAACCCAGAUACUCACAGCUGCACAUCCGGAGGUUUGAAGCAGCAGUUCUCCAGGGAAAGAGUCCCACGAUGGAGAUGCUGUUCGACUGGGGAACCACAAACUGCACUGUUGGAGAUCUGGUGGAGAUUCUGGUCCGACACCAGCUGUUCGCCGCCGUCAGCGUCCUGCUGCCAGAAGAUCAGAUCUGCCACACUAAAGCAGGCUCAUCUGGAGUAUCUGUCUGCGCAGCGCAGCGUGAAGAAGUUCGCCUGUCCGCCUGUCCCGAGGUCCCUAAACCCGUUCAGCAGGAGACGCGUGUGAUGGAGCCGGACAGCAGCACCGGACCCGAGGAGAACACAUGGAGCAGCUCUGAAGGUCUUUAUAUAACCACAUCCGACAGCCGUUGCCCAUCAGUCCCUGAACCCCUCUCUCACUCAGGGUUCCACACAUUCUCUCACCGUGAGCUGACGGUCAUCACCAGCGAUUGGGACGAUCGCCCCCUGGUGGACGGAGGCUGUCGGCUCGGCUCCGGUGGCUUCGGCGUCGUCUUCAGGGGCCGGAUUGGAGACACUUAUGUAGCUGUGAAGAAGCUCAAUCCUAUGGAUGACGGCUCACUCGAAGACAUGAAGACUCAGUUUAAUCAAGAAAUUCAAACUCUCAGGAGUCUGAAGCAUGAGCAUCUGGUGGAGCUGCUGGGGUCCUCCAGUGAGGGGCAGCACAUGUGUCUGGUGUACUCCUUCAUGCCCCAGGGCUCGCUGCUGGACCGGCUGGCGUGUUCGGGCGGAUCUCCUCCUCUCUCCUGGCGGAGCAGAUGUUGGAUCAGCACCGGAUCGGCCCGAGGUCUGCAGUUCCUGCACCAGAACAACCACAUCCAUCGAGACGUCAAGAGCGCAAACAUCUUGUUGGAUGAAGGCUUGGUUGCGAAGAUCUCCGACUUCGGUCUGACGCGAGCUUCAGCCAAACAGUCGUGCUCGACGGUCAUGACAGAGAGGAUUGUGGGAACGACGGCCUACAUGGCGCAGGAGGCGUUGAGAGGAGAGAUCACUCCUAAAUCAGACAUCUUCAGCUUCGGCGUGGUGUUGCUGGAGGUUUUGUCUGGUCUUCCUCCGGUGGAUGAAAGCCGUGAUCCUAAACUACUGAUGGAGAUGAAGGAUGAGAUCGAGGAUGACGAGGUCUCUCUGCAGGACUUCAUUGAUAGUAAGAUGGAGGGAUGGCAGAUGGAGGAUGUGGAGAAGAUGUAUGACGUGGCGUCUCAGUGUCUGUGCGAGAAGAAGAACAGAAGACCCACCAUCACACAGGUCCUCUCUGAGCUGGAAGAUCUUCAUCUCAAACUUUCCCAGAGCUCCGGAUGAUCCGCUCGAGCAGUGCUCUAUGGCGCACAAAGCACACACACCUUCUUCUCCACCUCCAUGUGCAGUGUGUUCUCCACCAUGUCCAGCAGAGGGUUCUUACAGCUGGAGUACAGCAUGCGCUCACGGAUCCCACAGCUGUAGCCCGGCAUGGAGUAGAUGAACACUGCCGACCCAGAGCGAGAGGAAACAUGUCACUUCACUGAUCAGACAUCAGCAGUCUACAGGUCAGGCUGACCAAAACUCACACUGUUCACAUGUUAAUGUUAAAAAUAAGAUGUUGUAAUCACAUUAGUUGUGCUUGGAGUCGAUUGUUUUAUUUGUGAUGAUAACAACACAAUGGAACAUGACAAAUUGUGCUGACAUAAUAUUGGCUGGACUGUCAUACAAAGAAAUUAUGAACCAAAAAAACAAAUGAAAUAUUAAUAACUGACUAUGUUUGCUUUUUCCUGUUAGCUUUUUUUCAAUGCUUUUUUUUGGGGGGAGGGGGAUAGUAAAAUAAAACUUAAGUAGCUGUA